CGUAGAGGCCACACGCAUUUGGGCGGGCCACUUUCCGCCCACGGCAAUUUGUUCGCGACAGACUUGUAAUGUUGGCCUGAAAAUUGUGUGUGUUGUGUUAGAGUUGUAUAUGGACUAUUUAUGGAUUUGUGAGAUGAGAGAAAAGAAGAGAUAAUAUGAUUAGAAGAGAAAAGGACAUCCGAGAGUGGCACUAAGAAGCCGUGAUGGAUUUUUUGGCAUUAACGUCAAUUUUAGGCUUAAUUUACUGUGGUUCAGUAAAUGGCGGCAUAAAUGACGACUACCCGAGUGGAGAAGCUCCCUACAUAAUAGAACAGCCACUAGAUGUGACGGUGGCCAGACACCAACCAGCGACACUGAAUUGCCGAGCUGGGGGCUCCCCAUCACCCAUCAUACGCUGGUACAAGCCUGGGGUUCUUGUGGUAUCAGACACCCAUAGAAGCUUGUUGCCGGCUGGGGGGCUGUUUUUCCUCAGAGCAACUCAUGGCCGGGCACACUCAGACGCUGGAGUAUACUGGUGUGAGGCAACAAAUGCUUAUGGAACAGCAAGGAGUCGAAAUGCGACAUUGCACGUAGCUGUCCUCCGAGAAGAAUUUCGUCUUGAGCCAGUAACUACUCAGACAGCUCAGGGUGAGACAGUUAUAUUGGAGUGUUUACCACCCCGAGGCUCACCAGAACCAACAGUAUAUUGGAAGAAAAAUGGACAAAUAUUACAUUUCGAUGGUGAUUCUAGAAUGCACUUGGUUGAUGGAGGUAGCUUAGUCAUACAAGAUGCUAGGCAGACAGAUAGUGGACGAUACCAAUGUAUUGCAAGGAAUGCAGCCGGUACUAGGGAAUCAGCUGCCGCAACACUCAGAGUGCAUAUUAAACCAUACCUGAUGACGGGGCCCGAAGACGUCGUCGCGCAAACUGGCGGGAGCGUGACGUUUCAGUGUCUGGUGGGUGGCGACCCCUUACCUGACGUAUUGUGGCGUCGAACGGCGGGAGGGGGGAAUAUGCCACUCGGGCGCGUCAAACUCCUGGAUGACAGGAGCCUCAGGCUUGACGGUGUUCUGUUGACUGACGAGGGGGAGUACACUUGUGAGGCUGACAAUACAGUCGGCGCAGUUAGCGCCAGCGGUUAUUUAACUGUGUACGAUCCGCCUACAAUAACUUUAAAACCAAACUCAGUUAUUGUUGAAAGUGGCUCAAGUGCAACUUACACCUGUAGCGCUACGGGUAAACCAGAGCCAACAAUAUUCUGGAGUCUUGAAGGAAAUAGGUCAAUUAUAUUCCCGGGCACGUCCCGGGGUAAAUAUAACGCAUCUCCCGUCAUAGACGGCGUCACAACAUUAACGAUAAACGGAACAAAUAAAAAUGAUAGCGGCAAUACGAUAGUUUGUUCAGCGGUCAACUUCGCCGGUAGUUCACUAGUUAGAGGAAAACUGACUGUGACGUCAGACGACGACCGGCCACCUCCAAUCAUAACAAACGGCCCCUCUAACCAAACGUUACCUAUAGGGUCAAUGGCCGUUUUCCCCUGCUCGGCUAUAGGCACACCUGAACCUAUAAUAGCCUGGUACUUUGAAGGAGAGGCACUAAUACAAAAUCGUAGAAGAAAUAUUUCUAAUGACGGCACAUUGGUAUUAAAAGAUAUGGACAGAACCGAUAGCGGUACAUAUACAUGUGUCGCGUCAUCUCCACAUGGUAAAUAUGUAUGGAGUGGAGUACUCACUGUGGACAAUCCUAAAAAUCCAAACAUUAAUUUCUUUAGAGCCGCCGAUGUUUCUGCUUUACCGGGACCUCCAACUAAACCGCAUAUCUAUAAUGUUACCGACAAUAGCGUAACAAUAUCAUGGAACCAGAAUAACAAAAUUGGGUCAUCCUCUAUACUUGGAUAUCAGGUUGAAGUAUUCUCGAGAGAGUCGCUGUCGGGAAGCAAUACGCCGCGAAAUUCAAGAGGCUGGGUUAUAGUCGCUAAGAAAGUACACCAAACUCACUAUGUAGUUAAAUCAUUAAUACCGGGUAUAACAUAUAUGUUUAUUGUGAGAGCGGAAAACUCGCAUGGACUCUCAAGUCCAAGCCCCGUCUCAGAUUCGAUUACCGUCGGUGAAGACUCGUGGAAUGGCUUCUCAAACAACACAGAGUACAGGAAAAAUAUUAUGACAGACAGCAUAGUUGAACUUAUUGAGGCGACUCCAAUCGACGCAACAACAAUAAAACUUAUGUGGAAAAUAUUGAAUUUCUUCUAUUUAGAAGGAUUGUUUAUAUACUUUAGACCACUAGACAACACAACGACCGAGUACGAUAUGAAGACUAUUUUGCAUUCCAACGACGUGUCUGGAUAUGAAAUAACGUCUCUACGAAAAUAUUUGAGAUAUGAAUUUUUCCUUGUGCCAUUCUAUAAGAAAUUUGAGGGAAAACCUUCCAAUUCAAGAAUAACACAGACGCUGGACGAUGUACCCGACGGACCACCUACGAACAUUGAAAUGUUUAUCGUAAACAUGACCACAGUCCAUUUAAAAUGGCAGCCACCGGAACCUCACUUACAAAAUGGCAUCAUUACUGGUUACAAUGUUGUCGUUAAUUGGCUGGACAUACCGGCAAAUAAGUCAAUGAUUGCAAUCAACACCACUGUUCAACAAGCGACUAGCCUUAUAAUGACAAAUUUAACCUCCGGCGUGAGUUACUCCGUUCAAAUUGCAGCGGAAAAUAUAAUAGGCUUGGGCCCUUAUUGCCAAAAAGUGUAUCUUAAUAUUGACACAAGAUCGAUAGGACUGGAUCCAUUGUCUAGAUACCCAAACAAUGGAGAAGUAUCUAUUGUAGCAGGGGAUUUUGUACUCGAGUCAUGGUUUUAUUUUUUAAUUGGCGCCAUUGUACUAUUCAAAAUCAUAAUGAUCGCCGGUAUUAUUUACAUACGUAAAAACAAUAUUUUUGCAAAAAAAUCAGCGCUACCGAACAUUUACGAUUCAAAUGGAACAAGUUUAGUAACACAAAUGAACAUAAAAGCGGCCGUAUCAUUGUCACAUCCAUUAAGUAGUUGUUAUAACAAAAACACUGUAACCAAAACUGAAUCAUUAUUGUGGAUGGAAAAUCAACCGGGGCUAUGUAUGUCAACGAAUCAUUCAAAUCAAAGUAAAGAGAAGACUAACUCGGAUUAUGACAAGGUUGCUCAUCCUCUGCCUGAAUAUGCAGAGGUGACGGCAUCCAGGGUGAACGCAAACGAGUGGAAUACGAGCAAGACUGCUACAUCUCCUGCUGCGUAUGCAUCAGUCACUCUAGUUGCUAACACUAGACAAUGUGUCAGUUCCUUGGGAUGGUUUCCGCCGGUUGGAAAAAAUGUAGAUAGUUUCGACGCUCGUUACGCUCCCGAUGAAGAGUUAUAUCCUGCUAGCAACGGAGGCUACUACAACAGAAACGUAUACAGCGAAAAAUAUUUCCAAGGCCAUCCGAAUGUACUAAAAUUCUACGAUAUUCCAUCGCUGGAGAAAACACAAAAGGCCCAAUUGAGAUAUAAUCAAAGCCUUGAAGACAGGAAAAGUGAUAAAAAUACAACCGAAGUUACACAGUCGUUAAUUGGAAGAACUUACGGGGUGAAUUCAAGAAAAAAUUCCGAAUCAGAAUCGACUUACCGCGCGUUCGGCGUGGAGGAAUCUGACGAUGAAAACUAUGACGAGAACGGUGGCUACGAUGAGCUCCAAUCGAUGCAGCCACAGAAGCGCCCUAAGCACCAAUACGAAAGGCCUAACUUCGACAACGACGGGUCACGGACGCUCGCAAGAUUUACGUCCUUUAGACAUGCACAGAACACAGCGAAUGGAACUCAGCCGUCACUUGCACCUUCUGUUCCAACUUCACAUCCACGCGAUUCAGUGACGCGGUAGUAUCACGCUUUGCCGGUUUUCGGCGAUUUGUGCCAAACGGACGUUUAAAAGACGUGAAAUCAGUGAAAUGUUUCGUUCUAGGGGUUGAAAUAUAUAUUAUAGUCGAAAGUUAGCUGUAAUCCAAUAACUUUUUACGGGAGUCACGAAGCACUCUAGACUAUCUUACCCUAAGUGUAUGUGUUGGUUUUCGUGAAGAACUAUAGUGAGAAAGUUACGUAUAAAGACUGUUUAAUUUAUGGCCUAAGUUUAAUUUGCGGCACUAAUCUCUAAAGACUUUCGUAAAUAUUAUUUAACUAACUAGUCUGUUGUUAUGUAUCGAUGUAUAAAUGUAAAUAUGUAUAUAAAUAGACGUUUAUUGGACUAAUGGGGAUUGAUGUAUGUCCGUCUGUAUAUCAAUAAACGAAUUUUAAACCAUAUAUCAUUAGAUUAGUAUUGUUAGACACUGGAAGAUUAACGCUUGGCAAUAAUUUGAAUAAAGCUAGUAUAUACUAUAUAGUCAUGGAUAAUGUAGUUGCAGAACUUUCACAAAAGUGUAGCUAAAUUAGAGAAGCAUCGGUACUCUGUAACUACUAAUAGAUACGUAUUUAUAUAUAGUUCGUUCGUCGUAGCGCUGAUGUCGCAACCCUAAGAUCGCACGGUACAAUAAUUUGACAUUGAAGUCGAGAUAACUAUAGCCAUUGGAAGCUUCAGAGUUCUGACGCAGGGAGUGACUAGCCUAAAAAAGAUUAGUUGGUUUAUAAACUGUAGUGCAGUGUUAAAAAAUGGGGUUCUAAUAGUUGUUGUUGGAGAUUGUAACUUAAUACCUAUGUAUUGAAGUUAAAAUCCCUAAUGUUAGAGUCAAUAUUGGGUACUCUGAUUAGGAUUUGAAACUUAAAUGUAUAAAGCACAAAUUGAACUAGACUUUAGUUUCGUUAGAUAGUGAUUUUAUUUAAUGUGCCAUAAGUAAGGUUUCCUGACAAAGAUUCGAGUUGUGAAAUAAAAAUCAAAUGAAGCUUCUACAUGAGAUAAAUCUACGUAAGUUAAUGUGAUAUGAGUUAUAUAAUCACUUGUUAUGUCGACAAUUAGCACGAUUUGUAUUGCAUAUCAUAUUUAGGUAUAAAGUUAGGCUUCUUAAACGUGUAAAGUGUCAAAAUUAAUACACCGACUUGGUCAGAAUUUUGAGCGUACAUAAUUAUAGAAAUAUGUAUUGAUGAUAUCUUAUUAUUUAUGAGUAGUAACUAACACAAUGUAAUACUGUCAAAAAAUUCAUUCUGACAAUUGUGUUAAUCUAAAACCACAGAACUUAAAUGAAUAUUUGCUAAGGUACGUACGGGAACUCAAUUAAAAGUAGUUGUACUAUUAUAUAAUAAAACUUUCGAUAGUUUUAUUCGGCCUCACAAUUUCUUAAAAACUAUAUACCCAAACUCUUGUAGUUCCUAUGCAUCACUUAAAUGUCAACAAUUGUAAUUAAACACAAAGUUAAAGUAAAUCGGCACUACUAUAGCUUUCAAGUAUUAUUCAUUAAUAAUUUGUAAAUUCUUUUGUAAACGAAUAAUGUUUAAUUUAGUUUUAAAAUAUUCCUGUAUAGUAUCUGAGAACUGUAUUUUACUAAAUUAAUUUUAUGAUACAGUACGUAUU